AGAGAGAGUGACAUCAAUCGUUCUAUUUAAAAGGUACGUAUAUGUUGCUCCAGCCUCGUGCCAUGCCACGCGAAUCAUCCUGAUAAAAACAUGCAGUAAAAUUGAUAGACAGUGACGCGAAUCAUUCUCGACGUAUAAAAAGGUUGACCCUUAAAAGCGCUCAAUGAGGGUGUGACAUCUUUGCCAAAGAGCUUCAUUUCACAGCUGCAUGUAUCAUUGGCUACAUCGCUACACUUAUCCAGCUACGGAAACUUCAAAUGCGAAAUUAUAAUUGACCUCAUAGCUACACAGGUAGCGUUCUUGAAUUGAAGACUGUGCGUGUGUUUGCUGCUCAAGACGGCGUUGACCUCACUAUAAUUCACAGCUACCAAAUUUUAAUGCAACAUCUGUGCUGAUUCUACAUUUCGUGCAAGCGCUGUAACAGAAAGAAGCAGGCUUUUCCAGUCAAUGAAAUCCACAAUGAAGGAAGGAAAAACACUGUAUUUCAAAGUGAUGGAAUGGGUCGUGUUCAUUCUGACAAGCAUGAAACGCGGAUUCAUUUUGCUGCUGAAUUGGUGCUGGUUCAAUCGGCAUAAUCUUCCGCCAGGCACGAAACUUCCGCCAAUGCCUCCAACGUCAUCGAUUUUCGGCCAUCUCGAGCUGAAACAUCACAACUUUCACUACGUAAAGGCUCUGCAUUGGGCAAAAGAGUACGGCCCUGUCUUCAGAUUAAGAAGCUACUUCAGAAGCAUUGUGGUUCUCAACGACAUUGACUCUAUUAAAAAAUUCUCCGUGAAUAAUCAAGUGCUCGACCGACCGGAAAUCAUGAACUUUGGCGGUGGCAGUUACAAAGGUUGAAUUCCGUAAGGUAGAAGAAGAAAUAGACAAAGCCGAAGGGAAGGCGGUGUACCUUGGAUUGCAAUUCAUGGAGUGUGCUGGAAACCAGCUCGCGUCCUUUUUCAUGCCACGGAUACAGAGCGACAGGCGUGUGCGUGACCAACUGAAUGCUGCCUUGGCGCCGGUCUUCGUGCUUUUGCAAACAAUGCACCACUACUAUUUCUGGCCUCGCAUCUGCCAAGCCGUGGUCUCGUUUUUUCCUUUUACAAAUAUCUUCAAGAUGAACAACGCAAUCAAGAACUUUGACAAUUUCAUCAUAAAUGAAAUCAGCAACCAUGUGGAAGACAGCGGACAAAAAACUUUUAUACAAACAUACAAGGAGAAGGUAGAUGAAUCUACGAAGAACCAAGACUACACUUAUCAGAACCGCUACUUGGUGGGCCACAUAAAGAUGUUUCUCAUAGGAGGCAUCGAUGGGCCAAGCAUUUCGAUGCAGAUGCACAUGGUAAUGUUCGCUGUACGACCAAACGACCUCCAGCGGCGAGUGCAGCGGGAAAUUGACGCCGUAAUAGGUCACCGAAGAUUACCUACGUGGGAUGACCGAAAGCUCAUGCCUUUCACGAUGGCAUGCGUCUGGGAGCUCGAGCGAUGGAAGAGGACAGAGCCGUUUGGUCUACCAAGAGGUACUGAAAAGGAUGUUGUGGUGGAUAACAUCUUGAUUCCUGGAGGCUCGGUUGUAUUAUUUAACCUAUGGGCUGUCAAUCGAGACCCUUCGCUCUGGAAAAAUCCACAUCACUAUGAUCCCACUCGGUUCCUGUGUGAGGAUGGCUCUUUGAUUCGAGAGAAGCCAAGCUAUCACGUUGGCUUCUCCUUUGGGAAACGGUCCUGUCCGGGGGAGCCGUUCGCAUUAAUGCAGAUAUUUUUGAUGGUAACCUACACUCUUCAGAGGUAUGACGUCGAACUUGGUGAACCACUCACCUGCGAUCUCGAUGACCCAGCAAUCAACCUUAGGGUGCUGAAGAAGACGAAGUUGCGUUUCGAGCGUCGCUUCAAAAAUAAAAUCACGUGUAACGGUGUACACUAAUAAA